AGGGAGUGGGGGUAGGUGGAGGUGGAAGAGGGUAUGGGGAGGAGGGAGGGCGAAAAUGGUGAUGGAAAAAAUUAAAAGGAUGAAAAAGGUCAAGCAUGUUAACAGAAACAAUGUAAUACAUGGUAUCAACAGGAAAGUUAUAGUAGAAAGUGGGGAGAGGGGAGCCGCCUUUAAAUACUGCUCCACCACCUACUAUUCCUACCGUGAUCGGUCCCCCAUGGACUGGAUAAUUUUAUCCGAGUUCUGGAAGGAAACAUACGCACCCUCGCAAAGCUUCGUUACAAGAAGUUUUAAAAAGAGACUGUUUACACAGACAGUCCGAAUUCCUCAGACUGACAUCAGUGGCCUUGCAGGACCUGCCUCGCAGGACCUGCCUCAUCACUCCAGGACCUGUGUUCCGCCGCCGUCCCCACUCCCUCCAUCCCCCCUUAAGCGGCCCUUUUUCGCGCCUCCGAGCGUUCGCACUGGCUGUUCCCCGGACCAGAUGUGCCGCUCCCGUUUCCUUUACUAAGGAACCUUCCAUUUCCGAUGGGCAUCGUUUCAUCCCCUUUGAGUUCGUCAGUCUCUCCCCCAGGCUUCGACAUCCUUGGACAGCGGGCAGUCUUACAAGUCCCACCACCCUAGUUUAUAUUUAGGAAUUGUAAUAAUGCACCCACUAACGCAGCCAAAGCGCGGCAGCGCGGCGGGGGAGGGGGGGAGGGGCGCGCGGCGCUCCGCUCGGCUGCCAAGUCCCCUCCGGGACACCGUCCCCACCUGGUCUUCUGGCUCGCCUAGAGCGUCCACCCGGUAAUUGCGUAAGCGAAGGGGGGGGCGGGCUCAAGUCAGGUUCGCGGCAUCCAUUGGCUGUGCAGGGUCGACGGAGGCGGGACGAGGCUCCGCGUGACGUCAGAGCGCCGCAGUCGGAACGACGAAGCCCAAGGAAGACAAGAGUCAGCUGGCUCGCGAGCAAUCCUGGGGCCGUGCGGAUAUUUCCUUGGCCCACUGCUGCCGAGUCCCGGGGACGAAAGGACGAGACAGUGAAAAAGCAGUCUGGCUCCCGAGGCCCCCCCCCUACACCCCAAGGUCCAGAUGGCGGCCAAUGUGGGUGAUCAGCGCAGCACAGACUGGUCCUCUCAGUACAGCAUGGUGGCUGGGGCUGGCAGGGAGAACGGCAUGGAGACGCCCAUGCACGAGAACCCAGAGUGGGAGAAGGCCCGCCAGGCCCUGGCCAGUAUCAGCAAGGCGGGAGCUGCCAGCACCUCCGCCAAGGCCAGCAGCAAUGGGCCUGUGGCCAGUGCACAGUACGUGUCACAGGCGGAGGCCUCGGCCUUGCAGCAGCAGCAGUACUACCAGUGGUACCAGCAGUACAGCUAUGCCUACCCCUACAGCUACUACUACCCCGUGAGCAUGUACCAGAGUUACGGCUCCCCCUCCCAGUACGGGAUGGCCGGCUCCUACGGCUCAGCCACGCCCCAGCAGCCCUCGGCUCCCCAGCACCAAGGCACUCUCAACCAGCGCCACUUCCUCCGGCAGCCCCCGGUCCCCGGCAUGGACGACAGCAUGUCCUACCAGGCCCCUCCCCAGCAGAUGCCAGCAGCCCAGCCCCCUCAGCCUUCCAACCCGCAGCAUGGGGCUCAUGCUCUCAGCAGUGGCCCCCAGCCUGGGACGGCCCCAGCCACACAGCACAGCCAGGCGGGGCCUGCUUCGGGCCAGGCCUACGGGCCACACGCCUACCCCGAGCCCACCAAGCCCAAGAAGGGCCAGCAGUUGUGGAACCGCAUGAAGCCGGCCCCCGGGACUGGUGGCCUCAAGUUCAAUAUUCAGAAAAGGCCCUUCGCUGUCACCAGCCAGAACUUCAGCUCCACCUCGGAGGGCCAGCACAGCAGCUUUGGCCCCCAGCCCAACCCCGAGAAGGCCCAGAACCACAGGGGCAGCCUGUCUGGGAAGCCGGACGACUGGCCGCAGGACAUGAAGGAGUAUGUGGAGCGCUGCUUCACAGCCUGCGAGUCGGAGGAGGACAAGGACCGCACGGAGAAGCUGCUCAAGGAGGUGCUGCAGGCCCGGCUCCAGGAUGGCUCCGCCUACACCAUCGACUGGAGCCGGGAGCCUCUGCCAGGGCUGACUCGGGAGCCUGUGGCGGAGAGUCCCAAGAAGAAGCGGUGGGAGGCCCCCAGCAGCCUUCACCCUCCUAGGGGGGCAGGCUCCACGACCAGGGGCGGGGGUGCCCAGUCACAGCGAGGGACACCAGGGGCUGGGGGUGCUGGCCGAGCGCGGGGCAGCAGCUUCGCCAAGUUUGGCAACCGCAAUGUCUUCAUGAAGGACCACAGCUCCUCCUCCAGCACGGACUCUCGUUCCCGCUCUUCCUCCCGGUCCCCGACCCGCCACUUCCGCCGAAGUGACUCCCACUCGGACUCCGACAGUUCAUACUCAGGGAACGAGUGUCAGCCUGUGGGCCGCAGGAACCCACCCCCCAAGGGCCGGGGAGGUCGGGGGGCCCACAUGGAUCGGGGCCGAGGCAGGGCACAGCGAGGGAAGAGGCACGACCUAGCUCCCACCAAGCGCAACCGAAAGAGGAUGGCGGCUUUGGAGUGUGAAGACCCCGAGCGUGAGCUGAAGAAGCAGAAGCGGGCGGCCCGCUUCCAGCACGGGCACUCCCGCCGCCUGCGCCUCGAGCCCCUGGUGCUGCAGGUGGGCAGUCUGGAGAGCAGCGGGGCCGACCCAGACUGGCAGGAGCUGCAGAUCGUGGGCACCUGCCCGGACAUCACCAAACACUACCUGCGUCUCACCUGUGCCCCGGACCCAUCCACUGUGCGCCCCGUGGCGGUCUUGAAGAAGUCCCUGUGCAUGGUCAAGUCGCAGUGGAAGGAGAAGCAGGACUACGCCUUUGCCUGCGAGCAGAUGAAGUCCAUCCGGCAGGACCUGACGGUGCAAGGCGUGCGCACCGAGUUCACAGUGGAAGUGUAUGAGACGCACGCCCGAAUCGCCUUGGAGAAGGGUGACCACGAGGAGUUCAACCAGUGCCAGACGCAGCUCAAAUCUCUGUACACGGAGAACCUGCCCGGCAACGUGGGCGAGUUCACCGCCUACCGGAUCCUCUACUACAUCUUCACCAAGAACUCCGGAGAUAUCACCACGGAGCUGGCCUACCUGACUCGGGAGCUGAAAACGGACCCCUGUGUGGCCCAUGCCUUGGCACUGAGGGCAGCCUGGGCUCUGGGCAACUACCACCGCUUCUUCCGUCUCUAUGGCCAUGCGCCCUGUAUGUCUGGCUACCUCAUAGACAAGUUUGUGGACCGAGAGCGCAAGGCCGCCCUCAAGGCCAUGAUCAAAACGUAUGUUCAGCUGAGCUCUCCCUUGCCCCUCCUCUCUUUUCCCUCCGCUCACUCCCAGUGGGCAGGCCUCUUGUCCCCAUCCCCAGUGAGUCCAGGCCCCUCUGGCCUCCUGCCUGGUCCCCUCUCCCCUCCUCAUCUUCCCCUCCUGUCCUUCCUGCUGUCCUCUGCAUAGCCUGCCCUCUGUCCCAGCUCUCCUGCGCCUCCCUUCCUUGACCACGCUCUGUCUCGCUCCGGGUCCCUUCACCCCUGCUGUUCCUCCGCCGCCUCUCUCCCAUGGCACUCCUGUCACUGAGCUCCUUCCUUAGCGACAAACCAGAAACACAGCCCCGCUCUUGGCAGCUUCUGGUCAGAUGGGACAGGCCCUGUUCCUACUUGAGUCCUAUUUUGAGUACAAAAAACGUUAGGGAAAAGGGCUGGCCCUGGGCGGUGAUUACAGAGGGCGUGUCCUCCACUCCCCAGACAUGGAGCGCGCCCACCGUGUGCUUUCCAGUGUGGGGACUGGUGGUGCUCAGGGCAGUGCGUCUCCCCUCACCCCGGGACCCAGGGCAGGCUCAGGAGGCAUCUUCUGUUGUCACUGCUAGGGGGCGCUACUGGUUUGUGGUAGGUAGAAAGACUGGGGGUGCUCCUGGCCAGCCCACAGUGCACAUGGCACCCCACAGCAUGUACUCAGGCCCCACUGCCGGUCUUUCUGUGGAUUCGAGCCCUGGUCAGGAUCGGAGCACACAAGGGGCCUCAAAUGCCAUGUCUGUUAGCCUGGGAGCCACUGGGGUGCUUUGGAGCUGGGGAGGGGCGGGCAACCUGAAGGUCAGGGGCACACUUCAGGGGCUGCAGGAACAGAAGAGGACACAGGGCAGACAAUGGAGGGGGAGGAUGCGCAGGACCUGCUUACUGGCCAGCGGUGGGAAGGGCGGUGUGCCUGAGGUACUCCCGCUGCCCCUCUGCACCCAGCCUGUGCAGCUGGACAGGCCCCUGCGGGCAGCUCCCGGGCCUCUGUGCACUCCCGGGGUGUAGUAGCCAGGCCAGUGACUAUGUCCUCAUUAGUUCCCGUGUGCUCGGCCCUAGGUGGGGACCCAGCCUUGUGCCUUGUGGGAGGCCCCUGGCCUGUCACUAACCUCAGACUCCACUUUCCCACUCCUCAAGUGGACACUGCCUUUCCUUGGCAGACGUGGCCCUUCAUCCCAGAGCCAGGUCCCUGCAGGGUGGCCUACAGGCAGCUCUGACGUGGGUGCAGCAGGCUCCUCUGUGCCCCGUGGGCAGCCAGGGCUGGGAAAUGCAUGGGCUUGGGGCAGGACCGGGUUGAGUCCUUUCUGUCACUUGCUUCCUAGGUGACACUGGCCAGGUGGCUCUGCCUCUGGGCCCACAGUUCCCUGGGUGUGUCUGUGAGGGUAGGUGACUCAGCUCUCAGGCAGAGAACUCGGUGUGUCAGUGUGGCCGCCUUAGAGCAGCUAGCUAUUUCUGGGCACGUGCCAGGUGCUCAGUAAGGAGUGUCUGUUGUUGACAACCAGAGAUUCCUGUUGGAAAUGUGUAGUGAGUGUUGGCUGGCACCUGUGCCUGGGGUGUUCCUGAGGCACUUGCACCCAGAUGUGGGGUCCCAUGAGGGCUGGGCCCCCAGCGUAGCUGUCAGCCCUGCCAUCCUAUGCCUGUCCCCAUGGGUUACUCCCUCUGCCUGGCCCCUGCCCCUUGGCCACAGUGGUCCUCUUCUGAGGGACUGCUCAGGCCCUGGAGCAGUGGAAGAGCCAGGUGGGUCCUUCCCUUCCCCCCUCCUUCCCGGCCCCCUUGCACAGGUAAGUGAGGGUCAAGGGGGGGGGCACAGCUGGGGUUGGGGCCAUCAGCCUCAUCCUCGGCUCCCCAAGCCCCAGAGGUGGGGAGGUGGGGGUGGGUGCCAGAGGUCAGCAGGUAAUGUGCUAAGAAAACCCUUUGAGUGUCUGAAGGGGGGGCACCCACUCCCUGCUCGUGGGGGCCCCUGCCUGCUGCCCACCUCAUCACAUUCUCCUCUUGUCUCCGUAGCUUCCGCCCUGCGCUGCCUGUCUCCUACCUGCAGGCCGAGCUGGCCUUCGAGGGCGAGGCCGCCUGCCGGGCCUUCCUAGAGCCCCUGGGCCUGGCCUACACGGGCCCGGACAACGCCAGCAUCGACUGCCGCCUCAGCCUG